GCGGGGCGGAGCCUGAGGCCUGGGGCCCUGGGAAAGAAAGUCCCGCAAAACAGUGAGUGGGACAGAGAGAGAGACGGAGCGGGGGGCGGGAGCGGAGAGAAUGAUCUCACAGCUCUUCAUUCUGUCCUCUCGAGGGGACCAUCUGAUUUACAAGGACUUCCGAGGCGAGGAGUCCAAGGAUGUUGUUGAUAUUUUCUACCAGAAGGUGAGGGGUUUACCCCGUGAUCAGGCCCCUGUUGUCAUGCAUCACCAGGGUCUGCAGUUUAUUCACCUUCGCCAGAACACAGUCUACUUUGUGGUGACGACUCGCUCCAACACAUCUCCAUUCACGAUCAUCCAGUUCCUCAUCAGAUUGGUUAGCCUCAUCAAGGAUCACUGUGGAACUCUGAACGAGAAGACCCUGCAGUUAAACUUUGCCCUGAUCUAUGAGCUGCUGGAUGAAAUGUUGGAUUAUGGGUACAUUCAGACGACCUCGAGCGACAUCCUGAAGAACUUUAUCCAGACUCAGCCAGAAAUCGCCAGGCAAUUCAACCUAUUUGAACUGAGUAACAUCGGCCUGUUUGGUGCAGACACACAGCAGAAUAAAGUGGCUCCCAGUAACGCAGCGAGCAGACCGGUCCUGGCAAGGCGCAGUGAAGAGGGGCUGAAAACUGAAAUCUUUGUGGAUGUUAUAGAGAGGCUGACAGUAGUGAUCGGAUCAAAUGGCAGUCUGUUGAGGGUGGAUGUACAGGGAGAGGUGCGGAUGAAAUGCUUCCUGCCCAGCAGCACAGAGAUCCGAAUUGGGUUGAACGAGGAGUUCAGUGUUGGAAAAGCUGAGAUCCGAGGAUAUGCAGCUGCCGUCAAGGUUGAUGAGUGCAGCUUCCAUCAGUCGGUCAAACUUGAGGAAUUUGAGAGCAACCGAAUCCUGAGUGUCAUCCCUCCCCAGGGAGAGCUGACUCUGAUGCAGUAUUCAUUAUCGGAUGACCUUCCAACCUCUCUCCCGUUUCGACUCUUCCCGACAGUGGAGAAGGACACCAACAGCAACCGUCUGAUGGUGUAUCUCAAGCUCAGGUGUGAUUUGCCUCCAAAGAGUCAGGCUUUGAACGUCACAGUGCACCUGCCUGUGCCCAAAGGGACAACAAGCCUGUCCCAGGAACUGAGCAGUCCUGAUCAGAGUGCGGAGCUGGACUCCAGCACCCGGUCUGUGCACUGGGUGAUUCCACGUUUCCACGGAGGCUCUCAGCUCUCUGCCCUAUUCAAGCUGGAUGUUCCUGGACUCAGUGCCUCGUCUCUGCUGGAGCUUGGUCCUGUCUGCAUGCAGUUUGAGCUCCCGAUGAGCACUUGCUCAGGGCUGCAGGUCAGAUUUCUACGCGUUUCCAGUCUGCAUUCUCCGCUGCCUCAUCGCUGGGUCCGAUACGUCACACACAGUGACUCCUACGUCAUCCGCAUAUGAAUGGGAGACUGGGCCAGGGAGGUCAGAGUUUGUGUCAAUGUAGUUAUGGCUGAGAAUUGCGUUGACUGAAAUGGGAAAUGAACCGGUCAAAGUGAGGGCUGCAUAGAACUGGAUACACGGUCACUGAGUCAGCACCCAGUCACAGGACUCAUUCAUGUCACUGGGACUUAAGCCAGUCAGGCCCUCCAGUCUGUUCUGCCACUGAAUCAGAUUAUGGUUGGUCUGUAUGUCUCUAAUAUUAGAGUGAAAUAUCCAGGACAGUUCUGAUCACUCUCUUUUCUGAACAAAUGUGUAAAUAAAAUCUUCAACAGAAAUAA